UUCAGAAUUAAAAGUGUUUCACAAAAUCCAGCGCGUUUUAAAACCUAAUUAAUUUCACGCUAAAAAAAGGAUAAGACUUUGAUAGGAUAAGAUCAGGAGUUCUACAUCAUAAAUUUUAAUAUUAAAUAGGACUUUGUCAAUUGACAAUUAAGUAUUGUGAAAUUUAUAAACGUUAACUCAAAACAAUUAAACAAAAAAUACAGCCUUGAAGAAAAUAUGUCAAUUUUGGGAAAUAUCAGAAAUUUCUUCGGUCACGUCGGGGAGAAUUUAAAUAAUACAUUUCGAUCACCGGGAAGGCUUACAAGAAUGAAUUCAAGUUCUGGAAAUGAUUCACGUUCAAUGGUUGGCCCUCCGAGAAACUCACUACUCAGGCGUCAAAGCGUGGCUGCAGAAAGCUUCGAUCCAGAAAAGGAUAGUGAUGACAACAAUGAAGAGGAAAGGCAAAUCUAUCCGAAAUCUGACAGUCAACGUGCUAGACUAAGCAAUGCAGUGAAGGAAAUAUUACUUUUUCGAUGUCUUGAUGAAGAACAAAAAUCCAAAGUCAUUGAUGCAAUGCAAGAAAUGAAAGUUAAAAACGGUGAAAUAGUUAUAACUCAAGGUGACGAUGGAGAUAAUUUUUAUAUUAUUGAAUCGGGGACAUACGAUAUAUACGUCAGGAAUCCCACUGCUACAGAUAAGCAACUUGGAGAAAAAGUCGGAUCAUACAAUGGUCAAGGUUCUUUCGGGGAACUUGCUUUGAUGUAUAAUACAUCUAGAGCAGCUUCAAUUGUGGCUGCCACAGAUGGUAUUCUAUGGCUUAUGGACAGAAAUACUUUUCGUCGUAUUGUCCUAAAGGCUGCUUUUCAUAAACGACAAACAUAUGUAGAAUUGUUGGAAGAUGUACCGUUACUGAAGGAGUUAAGUAGCUAUGAACGUAUAAAUGUUGCUGAUGCCUUACAGUCAAGAGUGUAUCAAGAUGGAGCGACCAUAAUUUCUCAGGGUGAAACCGGUAAAGAAAUGUUCAUUAUUGAAUCAGGAACCGUCAAGAUUAUUGUGAAGGAGAAUUCAAAGGAAGUUGAGCUAAGUCGAGUUGGUAAAGGAGCUUAUUUUGGAGAAUUGGCACUAAUUACGAAACGUCCCAGAGCUGCGUCAGCCUAUGCAGUUGGACAAACAAAAGUAGCUGUUCUAGAUGUUGCCAGUUUUGAGCGGCUAAUGGGUCCUUGUCUUAACGUUAUGCAAAGAAAUAUUGAAACAUAUGAAAAACAGCUGAAUGAACUACUUGGCACUAAUCAUCAACUGAAGUCAACUGACCUCAGAUCAAAGUGAUGCAUGCAUAUAUAUUCCAACAGGCUUUUAUUCACCGUGUCAAUUUCUUCACUGUCUCCUCAUAUCUUAAAGUUCUUCAUAAUUGAUAAAAUAAGUAAUGUGAUAACAAAGAUUACUACUGUUGCCAUAAUACUAUUAAAUAUAUGAAGUAAAUCAUCCGACUGUGCAACUAUUCAACAUUAUAUUUUUGACUUUAUGAAUUCUGUCAUUUGACUGCAUACCAUGCAUAAACACAACAUCCCCAAAACUGACGACAGAUCAUUGUAAGAAUAUUGAAUAUACAUAGCAUUCAUUCAAAUCUCUUUGCACCAGGCUUUACAUCAACCCCUGGAAAAGUGUCCAGUAUCCAUGUUAGCAUUUAUGCUUAUGCUUAAUUGGACAAAACAAAGAUACUGGAAAAAUAUUUGCUUUACAUAUACUGAAUCUUGGUCCUUCAUGCUAUUUAAGUAUUUCUGUCUGUUUUGUUCCAUUAUUUUGGCGUUUAUUUGUCUAUGUUCGUAUUCUAUCAUUUCUUGAUACUGCCGCUCUAACAUUAAACACCUUUUUAUAAGUUUUGUCCAAAAAAUAAACAGUUUACCUUAUGCGAGCCACGUUCAUACUGAAAUUACUUUACAUUUUGCCAGGAUAUUAAGUCAAGAAGGAUUUAUUAUUAUUAUUAUU